AUGAUAUUAGCUGAAACAUUGCUGUUUUCUUUAGCCUUGGUCGAUAUUUGUGGGAUCUUGUUUGUUUUAGUUUAUUAUAUCAUUACUUUAUCCGACUUAGAAUGUGAUUAUUUAAACGCUCAGGAGUGUUGUGACAAUCUUAACUAUUGGCUACUGCCAAAAUACAUCGCACAUUGUUUUGUUACAUUUUUAUUAUUAAUAAACGGGCAGAUUUUGUUAUUCCUCUUCAAUCUGCCUAUGUUUAUUUGGUUAACAUUUGAGUACUUCACUGUACCCAGAGGCAAUAGUGGUGCAUACGAUCCGGCCGAAAUAUACAAUAGAGGCCAACUUAAAAAACAUUUGAGAGAUGUAAUGAUCUACAUUAUUUAUUACCUGCUAUUUUUCUUCAUAUAUGUUUACUGCUUCAUAUUGGCACUAUUAAAAGGAGACCCUAUUAACCGAGGCAGUGAUGAUGAUAUUGUAACUGAGAUUUAA